AUGGAGUUAGCCCACAGCUUAUUACUAAAUGAAGACGCGUUGGCUCAAAUCACUGAAGCAAAGAGACCAGUGUUUAUCUUUGAAUGGUUGAGAUUUCUUGAUAAAGUUUUAGUUGCUGCCAACAAGACUGAUGUAAAAGAAAAACAGAAAAAACUCGUUGAACAAUUAACUGGAUUAAUAAGCAGCUCACCUGGACCACCUACUAGAAAAUUAUUAGCUAAAAAUCUUGCAGCUCUUUAUAGCAUUGGGGAUACUUACACAGUUUUUCAAACACUAGAUAAGUGUAAUGAAAUUAUCAAAAGUAAAGAUGACACUGCAGUCUACUUACCAACAAAAUUGGCAGCUGUGGCUUGUGUUGGAGCAUUUUAUGAGAAGAUGGGGAGGAUGUUAGGCAGUACAUUUCCAGAAACAGUAAAUAAUCUUUUAAAAUCUCUGAAAAGUGCAGAGUCUCAAGGGCGAAGCGAAAUCUUAAUGAGUUUGCAGAGAGUUCUAAAUGGACUGGGUGGUGCAGCAGCUUCCUGUCAUCGUGACAUUUACAAGAAUGCUAGGUCCCUCUUAACCGACAGAUCAAUGGCUGUUCGAUGUGCAGUGGCCAAGUGUCUCUUGGAACUACAAAAUGAAGCAGUAUUCAUGUGGACCGCUGAACUGGAAAAUAUAGCCACUCUCUGCUUUAAGGCUUUAGAAAACUCAAAUUAUGGGGUGCGAGUGGCAGUGUCUAAACUUUUAGGAACAGUCAUGGCUACAGCAUUGAUGCCAAAACAGGCGACAGUCAUGCGUCAGAAUGUGAAGCGAGCAACAUUUGAUGAAGUCUUAGAACUCAUGGCCACAGGAUUUUUGCGUGGAGGGUCAGGUUUCUUGAAGAGUGGUGGAGAAAUGUUAAAAGUUGGAGGCUCUGUUAAUCGUGAAGUUAGAGUUGGAGUGACACAGGCAUAUGUUGUUUUUGUAACAACAUUGGGUGGGCAGUGGCUAGAGCGUAGCUUUGCCACAUUCUUGUCCCAUGUACUUGACCUGGUUUCCCAUCCUCGGGCAACACAAACACAUGUGGAGGCCGUGUACUCAAGGCGCUGUGUCUCUUUCAUCCUGAGAGCCACCGUGGGCAGUUUGUUGGGUGAGAAAGCCCAGAUAGCUGCUGCCAAGGAGAUCUGCCAGGCUAUUGGGAAACAGAUGAAAACAGUGGAAGCAGUAGUGAAUGAUACAAAUAGUGAAAACAAGUCAGGAGCAGCAGACAUUGCAGCGAGCCAGCACGUCAUGGUCUGUGCCCUCCAGGAACUCGGAAGCCUGGUGCAGAGCCUGAAUGCCACCGCCUCUCCCCUUAUUCAGGAGGCAUCCGUAGGACUUUUGGAGAUUGUGACUUCUGUGCUUCUUCACCCAAGCAUGGCUGCUCGGCUUGCUGCUGCAUGGUGUCUGCGCUGUGUGGCUGUGGCCUUGCCUUUCCAGUUGACCCCAUUUCUAGAUAGGUGUGCAGAACAGCUCAACAACUUGAAGACUUCUCCAGAAGCCGUUAGUGGAUACAGUUUCGCAAUGGCUGCUUUGUUAGGGGGAGUUCAUCAGUGUCCUUUGGGCAUUCCACACGCCAAAGGAAAGAUGGUAGUUAGUAUUGCUGAAGAUCUGUUACGAACUGCUGCCCAGAACAGCAGAUUAUCUCUACAGCGCACCCAAGCUGGCUGGCUUUUACUUGGAGCACUCAUGACUUUAGGACCAUCUGUUGUUCGUUACCAUCUACCCAAGAUGUUGUUAUUGUGGCGAAAUGUUUUCCCUCGGUCAUUGAAGGAGUUAGAGGCUGAGAAGGCCCGAGGAGAUUCUUUUACCUGGCAGGUAACUCUGGAAGGUCGUGCUGGAGCUUUAUGUGCCAUGAGGAGUUUUGUUGCACAUUGUCCUGAGCUCUUAACUGAAGAUGUGAUUAGAAAGUUAAUGACCCCCAUUGAAUGUGCCAUGACCAUGAUGUCACACAUUCCAUCUGUAAUUAAAGCCCAUGGAGCUCAUCUGAAAGCUAGUGCCGCAAUGGUCCGGUUAAGACUUUAUGAUAUCUUGGCUUUAUUACCUCCAAAAACUUAUGAAGGAUCUUUCAAUGCACUUCUUAGAGAACUGGUAGCAGAAUUUACUUUGACUGACAACUCAGCCAACACAACUACCUCCCUCCUCCGAUCCCUCUGCCAUUAUGAUGACAGUGUUCUUCUUGGUUCCUGGCUUCAAGAAACUGAUCAUAAAUCAAUUGAAGACCAGCUCCAGCCUAACAGUGCAUCUGGAAGUGGGGCUCUGGAGCAUGACCCUUCCUCCAUUUACUUACGAAUACCUGCUGGAGAGGCUGUACCUGGUCCUCUCCCUCUUGGAGUCUCAGUGAUUGAUGCAUCAGUGGCACUUUUUGGUGUUGUUUUUCCGCAUGUUUCUUAUAAACACCGGUUACAGAUGUUGGAUCACUUUGCUGAAUGUGUUAAACAAGCCAAAGGUGUCCGCCAGCAGGCUGUGCAGCUUAAUAUAUUUACUGCUGUUCUUAGUGCACUGAAGGGCCUAGCUGAAAACAAAAGUACUUUAGGACCUGAGGAAGUUCGUAAGUCUGCUCUGACACUGGUUAUGGGUGCUCUUGACAACCCAAAUCCCAUCUUACGGUGUGCAGCAGGGGAAGCUCUUGGAAGAAUGGCUCAGGUGGUAGGAGAAGCAACUUUUAUUGCUCGAAUGGCCCAAUAUAGCUUUGACAAGUUGAAGUCAGCUCGAGAUGUUGUAUCUAGGACUGGUCAUUCAUUAGCCCUUGGUUGUUUGCAUCGUUAUGUUGGUGGUAUAGGAUCAGGGCAACACCUGAAGACUAGUGUCAGCAUUUUAUUGGCUCUAGCACAAGAUGGGACAUCCCCGGAAGUACAGACUUGGUCUCUUCAUUCACUUGCUUUGAUAGUGGAUUCUAGUGGCCCAAUGUAUCGAGGAUAUGUGGAACCCACGUUAUCUCUGGUUCUCACCUUGCUGUUGACAGUUCCACCUUCACACACAGAAGUUCAUCAGUGUUUGGGUAGAUGCUUGGGUGCUAUAAUAACUACUGUUGGACCAGAACUGCAAGGGAAUGGAGCAACAAUUUCUACCAUCCGCUCUUCUUGUUUAGUGGGUUGUGCGAUCACCCAGGACCAUUCCGACUCCCUUGUUCAGGCAGCUGCCAUCUCCUGCCUUCAGCAGCUUCACAUGUUUGCCCCGAGACAUGUUAACCUGUCUAGUCUUGUUCCUAGCCUUUGUGUUCACCUAUGCAGCUCCCACUUGCUGCUCCGACGAGCAGCUGUGGCGUGUCUCCGGCAACUUGCACAACGGGAAGCAGCAGAAGUGUGUGAAUAUGCCAUGAGCCUAGCGAAGAACGCAGGGGACAAAGAGAGCGGUCCUGCCAAUGUCAAUCCUUUUGUGCCUGGAGUUAGUGCUCGAGGUGAUAUCCAUUGUUGGCACCAAGGCGUGAAUAUAACAGAGACUGGUCUUGAAGGACUUCUUUUUGGAAUGCUGGACCGGGAGACAGAUCGAAAACUGUGUUCUGACAUCCAUGACACAUUGGGACACAUGCUUUCUUCGUUGGCAGUUGAAAAGCUUUCCCACUGGUUAAUGCUUUGUAAAGAUGUCUUGGCAGCUUCUAGUGAUAUGAGCACAGCAACUCCCUUAAGCAGUGGGAAAGAUGAAGAAUCUGAAAAGAAAGAUGAGAUGGAUGACGAUACCAUGUUUACUACACUGGGAGAGGAAGAUAAGUCAAAGCCUUUUGUGGCUCCUCGCUGGGCUACUCGGGUGUUUGCUGCUGACUGCCUGUGUCGCAUUAUAAACCUGUGUGAGAAUGUAGACCAGGCUCACUUUGAUCUUGCCAUGGCACGGUCUGCUAAACUACGAAAUCCUAAAAAUGACCUCUUGGUACUCCAUCUCUCUGACCUGAUUCGAAUGGCAUUCAUGGCUGCAACUGAUCAUAGCAACCAACUGCGGAUGGCUGGGCUCCAGGCGCUUGAAGACAUUAUCAAGAAAUUUGCAUCUGUGCCUGAGCCAGAAUUUCCAGGCCAUGUGAUCCUGGAGCAGUAUCAAGCUAAUGUGGGAGCUGCUCUAAGACCUGCCUUUUCUCAGGAUACCCCAUCAGAUAUAAUAGCAAAAGCUUGCCAGGUAUGCAGCACAUGGAUUGGAAGUGGAGUUGUUAGUGACCUCAACGAUCUCCGCCGGGUACAUAAUCUGCUCGUCUCUUCUCUGGACAAAGUGCAGGCUGGAAAGGGAUCUUCUAGCCAACUGUACCGAGAGAGUGCCACCACCAUGGAAAAACUGGCUGUUCUCAAGGCAUGGGCUGAGGUAUAUGUUGUUGCUAUGAAUAUUAAAAAAGAAGCAGAGUCAAAACCAAAAAGAGCAACUAAAAAUACUGACGAUGAUGAUGAUGACUAUGGAACCAUAGAUGAACUACCUCCGGAUAGUUUAAUAACACUGGUACAGCCUGAACUGCCCACACUCAGCCGCCUGUGGCUGGCAGCAUUGAAAGACUAUGCACUUUUGACUUUGCCAGCUGAAUUUUCUAGUCAGCUUCCCCCAGAUGGCGGAGCAUUUUAUACUCCCGAAACUAUUGAUACAGCUAGACUUCACUAUCGGAAUUCCUGGGCCCCAAUUCUCCAUGCAGUGGCACUUUGGUUAAAUAGCACAGGAUUUGCAUGUUCAGAGACUACAGAAGUGGCUGCAGCAUCUGGUUUACAAAAACGCUCCACAGCUGUCAGUUUAAACCAAGCAUCAGGAGCAAUGGCCAGUGCUAAGUCAUUGCCAGAAAUUAACACAGACAGAAUGCACCUGAUUUUAGGUGUGAGUAUACAGUUUCUUUGUUCUCCUAGACCUGAGGAGCCCAUUGAGCAUGUUACAGCAUGCCUACAGGCCUUACAUACCUUAUUGGAUUCUCCUUAUGCACGAAUCCACAUUGCAGAAGAUCAGCUGAUUGGUGUUGAGUUGCUAAACGUCUUGCAUCGUCUGCUACUGACCUGGAACCCAUCAUCCAUCCAGCUGUUGGUUACUGGAGUUGUACAACAGAUUGUAAGAGCUGCUCAGGAUUAUUUACAGGAAAAAAGAAACACUCAGAAUGAAGAAGAUACGGAGAAAGAGCCUUGUCCUAUAUUAGGAGAAGGCGGUGACAGCGGUGGACUCAUUCCUGGAAAGUCUCUUGUGUUUGCAACUAUGGAACUGUUGAUGUUCAUUUUAGUUCGUCAUAUGCCACACCUGAGUACCAAGAUGUCAGACUCUCCAAGUCACAUAGCUGUGAAAACACGCCUGUCAGAAGAAAGUGCCCGUUUGGUGGCAGCCACAGUUACCAUUCUCUCAGAUUUACCAUCCCUUUGUUCACCUGCUGGAUGUAUGACAAUCCUGCCCACAAUUCUGUUCUUAAUUGCAAGAAUACUGAAAGACACAGCAGUAAAAUCUUCAGAUAAUCAGGUUCCUCCACCAGUCAGCGCAGCUCUUCAAGGGAUUAAAAGUAUUGUAACACUUUCAAUGGCCAAAACUGAGGAAACUCAGAAACAGUGGACAGCUCUGAUCCGUAGCACUCUUGCAUGUAUCCUGGAAUAUUCUCAGCCAGAAGAUUCUUUGCCUAUGCCUGAUGAAGUGAGCAUGCUAACCGCCGUUGCACUCUUCUUGUGGUCUGCUAGUAGUGAAAUCAUAGGAGUCCAAUCCUUACACAAUGGCUGCAUGAACAGAUUUAAAAAUGCUUUAAAUUCAUGUGACCCAUGGGUUCAAGCCAAAUGUUACCAGCUUCUCCUCUCCGUCUUCCAGCAUUCUAAUCGUGCCCUUUCAACUCCCUACAUCCAUUCAUUAGCUCCAAUAGUGGUUGAAAAGCUAAAAGCUGUUGAAAGAAAUAGACCAGCCAAUAACACAGAACUUUUGGCUGUUCAAGAAGGAAUUAAAGUUCUUGAAACAUUGGUUGCUCUUGGUGAAGAACAGAACAGAGUCCAGUUACUUGCUCUGUUAGUUCCCACUUUGAUCUCUUACCUGCUGGAUGAAAAUUCUUUUGCUUCAGCAAAUUCAGUCUCCAGAGAUCUCCAUGAGUUUGCACUCCAAAACUUAAUGCACAUUGGACCUCUGUAUCCACAUGCUUUCAAGACAGUAAUGGGGGCCGCUCCUGAGCUGAAAGUACGUCUAGAAACUGCUGUGCGAGCAAGCCAAGCAAGCAAAGCCAAGGCAGCUGCCAGGCAGCCAGCCCCUGCUAUACAUUCUGCACCAACAAUUAAGCUAAAAACAAGCUUUUUUUAGUGUGUGUCCAUUCAUUUUUGUUUUGUUUCACCUAGUUAAUGACAACCCCUUAUUAUUCCAUGCUUUGGCUUCUGUUUUAUUUGUAUGUUGGUAUUAUAAUGCUUUGAAGUGUUGAGUAAAAUAAUGUUCAUACCACUUACUGAUUUAUUAAUAGUAAUUUUCUAAUCAUGUGGUAAAUAUAUUUCCAUUUUUAUCCUAAUGAUAUUUCUCUUGGGUUAAAUUUUUGUUGUUGAUGUUUUGACUUUUGUUCUUUUUCUUUUUGUUUCUUUUUGUUGCUGGGGAUUGAACCCAGAGCCUUGCUCAUUCUACACAUGCUCUGUACACUGAAGUAUACUUCUGGGCCUAAUUAACUUAACAUUUUUAAACACUGAGCUAUAGUCCUUUAAAUUUAAAUGCUAAGAGCAUCAUUGUAUCAUGUAGUUGGGCAGCCUUUGGA